AUAAGCUCCAUCCCUUACCAGCUUCGAAAUUUGAGCUCUAAAGACCCAGAAACCCAAACAGAGAGAGAGAGAGAGAGAGAGAACAAACUACUGUGAAAGAGAGAUUACUUUUUUUUUUUUUUUUGGGGUAGCUAGCAACUUUUAAUUAGUAGCGAUAUUAUAUUUUUUCUAGAGGGUUCUUUCUUGGUACUAUUCUUUGGUAUUUUGGAUAAAGAUAUGAGUAAUUGGUUAGGUUUUUCUCUCACUCCACACCUGAGAAUCCAUGAAGGUUACGCUACUGCAGGAGACGACCAAGACCAUGGAGCUUCUGGUUUCCCUUCUCCCAUGUCUGCAGUCAUGCCCUUACGCUCUGAUGGCUCUCUUUGUGUUCCCACUGACCCUUUCAGACGCCAUGAAGAUUGGAGGUACGAGAACAGCAAUAUGGGGAUGAAUAUUGGAACGACAACAAAUGUUUCGAAUCCUAGUGAAGAGGGUCCGAAGCUUGAAGAUUUCUUGGGAUGUUGUUACUCAAACUCUCCUUCUGAUCCUGAUCAUCAUCAUCAUCAUGAUGAAGCCAAAGUCUAUUGCAACCAAGAAAACCCAGAAAUCAGUAACACCGAUAUCUCCAAAAUCAACGUCAAUCUGGCACCUAGUUUUAACCCUAAUGGAGAAAUGGAAACCCGGGAAAAUACGAACAAUAAUAAUAACAACCCCACAAACCUAUCUUCUGUAAUCCAAUCUUAUGGCCAUUACAGUACUGAAAACUCCCACGUUGGGCUUAUUCCAACUAGUAACGGCGUGUACAAGUCUUGGCUCGGCCAAACACUGCCUUACCAUCACGGCGAUGAUGAUCAGAAAUCUGCGGCUGAUCAAUCGACCGGUUGUAGCUUUCAGUCACUGUCGCUUACCAUGAGCCCGACCUCACAGGAUGGUAGUCGUCAUCAUCACCAUGUUGGUGCAAUUUCGACAUUGCAAGUGUCGGAUAGUCGGAAAAGGUCUGUCAAUGGGAAGUCUUCGGCUAAAGAGCCUGUGCCUCGUAAAUCCAUCGAUACUUUUGGGCAGAGAACUUCUCAGUAUCGCGGUGUUACGAGGCAUAGAUGGACUGGGAGAUAUGAGGCUCAUUUGUGGGAUAACAGCUGCAGAAAAGAAGGGCAAACAAGAAAAGGAAGACAAGUUUACCUUGGAGGUUAUGAUAAGGAGGAAAAGGCAGCAAAGGCUUAUGACUUGGCUGCUCUCAAGUAUUGGGGUCCAACAACUCACAUAAAUUUUCCUUUAAGCACUUACGAAAAGGAACUGGAAGAAAUGAAGAACAUGACAAGACAAGAAUUUGUAGCCAACUUGAGAAGGAAAAGCAGUGGCUUUUCAAGAGGAGCUUCUAUGUACAGAGGUGUGACAAGGCACCAUCAGCAUGGAAGGUGGCAAGCAAGAAUUGGAAGAGUUGCUGGAAACAAGGAUUUGUACCUUGGAACGUUUAGCACACAAGAGGAAGCAGCCGAGGCCUACGACAUUGCAGCCAUAAAAUUCAGAGGCACGAGCGCAGUGACCAACUUCGACAUAAGCAGAUACGACGUGAAGAGAAUUUGCUCGAGCUCAACCCUCAUCGCCGGCGAUCUAGCAAAACGUUCUCCGAAGGACUCCGCACCGACGACGGCAUCAACUGCGGCACUCGAGGACUUCAACUCUUGCGCCGCGUCUUCCUCAACGCCGCAGAAGCCUCUAUUGGCCAUAACAAACGGCGAGCGUUCUGACGAGCUUGCCGACAUGGUGUGGACGGCCAAUGCAGACCACGACAUGAACAAUCCUCCGCACGAGAUUAAUUCAGAUACCAAUAACCGGAACUCAUCGAACGGCGGUGAUCAAUUUGGUGGUGGUGGUGGUGGUGAUUUUUCUCAGGCUUAUUUCAUGCAGGGAAAUGCUAAGUUCGAUCAAGAUAGCAAUGGAGGGAAUAAUCAUGAGCAUGGUCGUAUUGGGAACCUUGGUUUGGUUCAACAACAACAUGUUCCGAUGUUUGCGCUGUGGAAUGAAUGAAAGAAACAAGAAUCCACAGUGGGAUUUGGAUUUGGGAAACAAAAAGUACUUAGUAUAGAAAGUGGUUAAUUUGUUAGUGCUAUAAGAAGAAGCCUAGUUAAAGUUAGUUUAGCUAAGAUAGGAGUGAAAAAGAAAAA